AUGUCGUGUGUCAAGACGAGUCCAAUCUCCUAUCUGCUACCAGAUAUUCAGAGAGUCUCUUUCGCUUCUGAGUUUCCACCCUCUCCAUUCGAAGAACUAGUCAAGCUUCCACAGGGCUUCCCCGAAUUUGUCGACAAGCCACUGGCAUGGAAGGGACAUCAGUUCGCAGACGAAACUGAGUACAUCUACACUCUCAAUACAUUCGAAAUCGGUGAACUAGAAUGCGCUCUUGGUAGUUUCAAAGGGUUGGGCCUGGAUGGAGAUCUUGUAUCCCCAACAAACUUCCAGCUCCCCACUCUAGGUCCGCAGCUGAGAAUCCUUCGCCAUGACAUCUACAAUGGUAAGGGCUUCGGUGUCAUCCGUGGCCUUUGUCCACAGAGAUACUCAGUCGAGGAUCUGACCAUCCUCUAUCUCGGCCUUCAGUCGUAUAUCGCCAAUCAACGAGGCCGACAAGAUGAGAAGGGCAAUAUGCUAGUCCACAUUAUCGCUGAUGACUCCACCAAACUGUCAGCUAGUCACCACCGUCACUCCAAGGAACGAAUUACUUUCCAUAACGAGGAGUCAGGGGACAUCAUCAGCUGGUUGACACGGAGCACUGCGAUUUCGGGAGGAAAUUGCGUUAUAUCAUCAGCCUAUACUGUGUACAACGUUCUGGCCGCCAGCCGUCCUGAUAUCAUACAUACCCUGGCUCGAGAUGAUUGGCCUUUUGCUAUGCCUCGUUUCCAGAGACGACCGUUACUCUUUUAUCACGAAGGAAGACUGAUAUUCAACUUCGGCCGAGUCCCGCUCGUCGGAAACGAUGCCAAUCCUCGACCAGAGCACCUACCAAAACUCAAUUGGAGCCAAACCGAGAGCCUCGAGGCCAUCGAUGCUAUCGCAGAAUCCACACGGCUAGAAAUUGCGACCAAGCCGGGUGACAUACACUUCGUCAAUAACCUCGUCAUUAUGCACCGACGAGACGGUUUUGUCGAUGGCGAAAUGCCAGAAGCAAAACGGCAUCUGGUGCGUAUGAGGCUUCGAGACGAGCAAUUCGGUUGGCAACUCCCACACAGCCUCGAACAGCAAUGGUCUGUUGCAUUCAGCAACGCGAAACCGACAGUGUGGCAUCUUGAACCGAUGCCUACUGGUUUCUUUCCUCUCAGAACGCAAUGCAAUUGAAGUUAUACGGGUUGUUCCUAAUUAUAAACCACACUCGUAUUCCUAUCGUCAGGCUCUCUCUCAGCCGUCAAAGCCUUGCUAUUUUAGUCCCAAUACAAGACCUUCACUUCCCA